CGUGGGCUGGCUGAGGCCUGCGAGCCCAGCAGUUGUUUCCGAAUUCUUUUCGAACCGAAGUCUCACCAUCUUCUUCCCUCUGUAUCUGAAACAGAAAACCCCUCCUGAACCCUCCAAGCCUAACAAUGGCGAUAACAGGUCUCCCACAACCGCCCCAAAUCCACAGACUCCCUCAAUUUAGAUACGUCGAUUCAGUCCGAUGGCUUCCUUCUCUUUCUCCAUUCCAAAAAUCCCUCAUUUUCGCUUUUUACGACGCUGACACCAGCACUCCCUCUCUCGAAGUUCACUCUCUAAGCUCCUCAAAAACUCUAGCUUUACUCUCCUCUUGGACCCCACCUUCUCGCAUCUCCUCCCUCAAAUCCACCUCUUCUAUCAUCGCCGCCUCCACGUUUUCCGGUUCCCUCUACAUCUUCCCUACUGCUGACAAAAGCCAUGAAUCUUUGGCUAUGGAGCCGCAGGUGUCAGUGGUGGGUGUGGAUUUUCAUUUGGGGUCCAUUGGGGGAGUGGAUUUGAUGGAGGGAGGGAGUGAGUGUGUUAGCGUUGGCGAAGAUGGGAGGAUAAAUUUGGUUAGGGUUUUUGUCGAGGGUUCUUAUGGAAAGGGAAAUUUUAGGAGGGUUUUUGAUGGGAAUGGAUUGGUUUCUUAUACAGCUGUGAAAUGGGCUUCGCCAACUGAGUUUGUUACCGGUGGUUAUGGCUUUGGGCUCCAAUGGUGGGACCUUAGACGACCUGGUGCUGCUGUUGCUCAAUUCCAGGGUAACUGGGAUCAUAGAACAACUUCUGGGAUCAUACACUCCAUUGAUAUUCAUCCAUCAAGAAAGCACACAUGUCUGGCAGGAGGUUCUUCAGGCACUGUAUUUGCCUGGGAUCUACGCUGGCAACAAGAACCAAUUAUUCUUUCUGGGGUUAGGACAAAUGAAUUGAUGACCCAUUCAUUAUCUGGAAGUGAUAUUUGGGAGGUUCAGUAUGACAGCUACAUGAAGUCUUCUGGAAAUAAUAUCUCAUCCUCACGGAUCUUACCUGCAAUGACCUGCUCAGAAGAUGGGAUCCUUGCUGUUAUUGAACAAGGCGAGGAACCCAAUGAGCUCUUGGCUGAACCAUGUGCAAUCAACUGCUUUGACAUUGAUCGCCAAAACCCUUUGGAUGUGAUUUGCAGUCUGGAGUGGGAGUCUGUAGCCAUAGUGUCAAGACCCUAGUUGGACAUGGAGAAUGCAAAGCUAAAGUAAAAAAUGAUUUAAUUUUUCGGACCUGUUAUCAGGGCAAAGCUUUUUACAGCCAUCUGGAGUUAAAGCACCGCAUCAUGCAUGUGCUAGAAGCGUAGAGCAAGUCUUGUUUAUUCUUUUGUUGGGCAUGUUCUUGUAUCAGUGAUUUACAAACAAUUAUAAUGCCCUGUAUUUACGAAUUGUGAGCCCAUUGUGCAUGACAGGCUUGCUGUUGUUGGAAGCACUUGAUAAGCACUGAUUUCUCAUCAGCGUAACCUCCCAGAAUCAGUGUGUGCCAUGCAGAAUUACUGCGUAUUGGUACCUUGAGACUUGACUGUUUCCCUAUCUGCAGAAGCUGGCUUGAUGUUGUAAUUGAUUCCAAAGAAACGCAAUUUGAUUUUACUUUUUUGACAACAGUAGUACAGUGAAAAGCUUGUUUGCUUGCAGUACAUUUUUUUGUGAUUACAGAAGAAGUUGAAAUCUAAAGUGGUUUGGUUAAUUUUUU